ACAAUUUUUUUAAUGUCUUGACGUGAGCGGGCACGGUUGCUGUAAGCCGUCGAUAUGUCGUUGAUUAAAUUAAAUUUAGUUUUGUGCAGUGUAAUAUUAUGCGUUUUGGUGUGCGUCAAUACCCAGUCCGUACACAGACGUUUUGAAUACAAAUAUUCGUUUAAGCCGCCGUAUUUAGCGCAAAAAGAUGGAUCCGUUCCAUUCUGGGAGUACGGAGGCAAUGCGAUAGCGUCUGGUGAGAGCGUCCGACUGGCGCCGUCGCUGCGCAGUCAGAAGGGAGCCAUCUGGUCGAAGCAGCCGCUCAACUUCGACUGGUGGGAGAUCGACAUCAUGUUCAAGGUCACCGGCAGGGGACGGAUAGGCGCUGACGGACUGGCGUUCUGGUACACGACUCAGCGCGGCGACUACACGGGCGAGGUGUUCGGCUCGUCGGACCGGUGGAACGGGCUCGCGGUCAUCUUCGACUCCUUCGACAAUGACAACAAGCACAACAACCCUUAUAUCAUGGCUGUGCUCAAUGAUGGCACUAAGGUGUUUGAUCAUAAGAGUGAUGGAUCACAGCAGCUCCUGUCAGGCUGUCUUCGCGACUUCCGUAACAAGCCGUUCCCGACUCGCGCCCGCAUCGAAUACUACCUCAACACCCUCACAGUGUACUUCCACAACGGCAUGACAAACAAUGAAGCAGACUACGAGCUAUGUUUCCGCGCUGAGAAUGUGGUGCUUCCGCGCGGAGGGUUCCUCGGGCUGUCCGCGGCUACGGGCGGACUGGCGGACGAUCAUGACGUGAUUCAUUUACUCACUACCUCGUUACACGCGCAACAGCAACAGAGCGGAGGUCAGCAAAUGAGCUCUGACGAGCAGCAGAAGCUGUCACAGGAGUAUCAGGAGUAUCAGAAGAAACUCGAGCAGCAGAAGGAGGACUACAGGAAGGAGCAUCCUGAUGAGGUGCGUGACAAGGACGGCGAGUUCGAGGACUGGUUCGAGUCGGACGCGCAGAGGGAGCUGCGGCAGAUCUUCCAGGGACAGGGACAGAUACACGACAUACUCAGGGAUCUUAACAAGAAGGUCGAUGAGGUGAUAGGCAAGCAGAUGAACUCGCUGUCGAUGCUGACGGCGGUGUACGGACACACGCAGGGACAGCCCAUACAGCCCGGCGCUGCGCCGCCGCAACAGAUGCCGACGCUGCCGAUCGGUCGUCACGACUGGGACGCGCUGGUGGCCAACAAUCAGAUCAUGAUCAACACCAUCGCUGAACUCAAAGGGUUCAUAAUCGACGUGUCCCGCAAAUCAGACUCUUUAGCCGCCGCGACCGGCGCCGGCGCGGCCGGUGCUGGAGCCUCACCACAGUUCCUCAACGAGCUGCGUGACAGCAUGCAGCAGGUUAAGGCCACUGUUACUGGAGUGGCGCAGAGGUUAGCAACGCAACAGCCGCAGGUAGCGGGCAUGUCGGCGUGCCCCGACGUGAGCUGCGUGAGCUUCACCGGGCUGCUGGUCGUUGUAGCCGCUCAGCUCGCGCUCAUGCUCAUAUACGCCAUGUAUAAAGAAAGAAAAGAGGCGCAAGCGAAGAAAUUCUUCUAAGCAGUUGUUAGUAGAACUCUCUAGGUGUCGCCACUGGUUUCAUGUUAUUGUCACGCGCCGCCCACAGAUGGCGCUGUACACAAUAAAUGUCUAGUAUUAGGCCGCGUCUACACGGGCAAAAUUUUUCAGGGACCGCCAAUUUUGCAGUAAUGUAUACCGGCUAUAUUUGCCAAACAUUUUCGGUAUGGCCAUAUAUGACCGAUAUUGUUCGAGAGAUCUUCAGCAUCAGCUAUUCUUUUGCAGACACAUGGUUCAGCCAUAAAUUGCUCGGACGUCAAUGUCCGUGAAAUAUUUUUGCAAUAGUCAGAUUUUUUUUUUGGCAACAAAUGUACAAUAGUGUAGCCCGUUUAGACGCGCCCUUACUAAAGACUUACUAUUUUUUUACGCCCUUAUUAUUUUGUAAAGACUCGGAUACUUCCUCUUUCGGUUACACAGUUUAAGCUGUAGCUAGAAAGAGGUAGAAUCCACGAAAUAUAUUUUCGUAAAAUAAUUUCCUAUUUGUUUAAAAAAAAACUGUCUUAUUUCUAAACUUUCCUCUAUUAUUUAUUUUUUAUAACUAAUCAUCCAAAAUGUAUGUACGCACAUUAAUUUCGCACUAAAUUGGAUAUGUCUUAUUUUGUUUGUAAGAGCAAGAUUGUAUGAAAGAUUAUUUUUGAAUAAUAAUAAAAGUUCUUACGAAUUCGGGGCGGGUGGUUCACUAGUACUGAAUGUAGAAAUAAAUAAUGCUGGGCUCGAAAAUAUACCUCUUAAGUAUUAUAAAGUUAUGUAUCAGAUUUAUUUCUAUGUUCCAACAACUAUUUAUAUUUAUUUGACGCAGACUCAGAGCUAGUUUUAUGCCAAGGAACUUAUAUGCGUGACUGGAGACUAACGCUAGAAUAUGAUGUCCUCAAAAAUGUUGUGAUAAUUUAUGCUUAUUAUAUGACGAAAAACUGUGUUCACAUUGCACACACACGUGGAAGAUUUAUUAUUUUCCCUAUUAUUAGUAGAAAAACACUGCUAGCCUCCAGUGAGACAUGUAUGUUUCUUGGAACGACAAAAAAAUAUAGCGCAAACAUUUUUUUCUUAGUAGAAAAUUAAAAUGUCUAAACUUUACGCGUAUUUUUGUUGUAGACUUCGCUUGCUCAAGUUAGUCUUUUUACAAACAAACAUACUUAAAUAUAACUUAAGUGAUGAUCUCAAAAUGUCACUAAUUUUAGUCAAUAACAUGAAACCAGCGGAAAAAUUCAAUUUUUUUACCAAUUUGAGUGCGAGAUGCUCUUCCUGUACAUAAUAAUAUUUAUAUUUACUGUUCUGUUCGUCGAUGUUUUUUCGUUUUUGUAUUAUUUUUCCAAGAAAUUUGUUAUUUUUCUAUCGUAUAGCUGAUGUAUCGGUCUCGCAGUGCGUGUGUGAAUGUGUAAAAAUGGUUGUAAGUAAAGAUUAUUUUUUGAGAUUA